GUGGUGGUAGUAGUAGUAGUGGCGGCGGUGGCAGGCAGAGCGCGCGGGAGUCCCUGUCGGUGAUCGUGCCGCCUCAGGACGUGGACGUGGACUCGCGCGACGCCGACGACUCGGAGCUCCUCAGUCCGGGCAAGCUAACGCCUACGUCGGGGAUCAGCGUCUCGGUCGCGAGCAUGAUCGACGCGACGGACUUUAGGGCGAUGCAGCCGGAGCCGACGUAUCAGACACUGACCUCGGUGGCGGAGAGGAUGUCGCCGCCCGGUUUUAGUCCGGGCUCGUCGUACGCCACGUUGACGCCGCUGCAGCCGUUACCGCCGAUCUCUACGAUGAGUGAUAAAUUUGUUUACGGCGGUCACGCGGCCAGCGGCGUCACCGGUAGUUUCGCCGUCAUGCAGAACAACGGCCUGGGUAACAUCGGCCUCGGUAUGGGCGGUUCGCCAUACGCGUACGACAAGCUACCUACGAUGAGCAUGUCACCGCCGCACAAUUAUCCGUCGCCGGGCGCGGGACUGCAACCGAGUCCGCUCUCACCUCAGAGCGCGUAUAGCCAGAGCGGCCUCAAUUCGCCGCACAAGUCGUCCGCGAGUCCGCAUUACGACCCGGCUUUUCUGCCGCGGUUACAACAGAGCCCGGCGGCGCUUAGCCCGUCCUCGCCGCCGGCGGUCUCGGCUACGGCGAGUUUCGCGCCAUCCCAUCAUUCCCCGCCUGGCACGCAUUCGACGGUGUCAGCGGCGGGCAACGGCGGCGCCGGCGAAGUCGAGGAAAUCAACACGAAGGAGCUCGCACAGCGCAUUAGCGCCGAACUCAAGAGGUACAGCAUACCACAGGCGAUCUUCGCACAGCGGGUGCUGUGUCGCAGCCAGGGUACCCUCAGCGACUUGCUACGCAAUCCAAAGCCCUGGUCCAAGCUCAAGAGUGGUCGCGAGACCUUCCGGCGGAUGUGGAAGUGGCUGCAGGAGCCUGAGUUUCAGAGAAUGUCGGCCUUGCGGCUAGCAGCUGCACAGAUUCCACAACGCGGAACAUGCAAGAGGAAAGACGAGAUGGCGAACCAGGCAGAACACCAACAGCCCGCCCCCAAGAAACCGCGGCUGGUUUUCACAGACCUUCAGCGCCGUACUCUACAGGCUAUUUUUAAAGAGACCAAGAGGCCGUCGAAGGAGAUGCAGGUGACAAUCGCGAGGCAAUUGGGCCUGGAACCGACGACGGUCGGGAACUUCUUCAUGAACGCUCGACGCCGCUCCAUGGACAAAUGGAAGGACGAGGAUCCGAAGGCGGUCGCGGUCGAGGAGGAACAGUUGUCGCCCACGAUAGGGAUCGGCCAGCGCCAACCGAGCGACGUUUUGUGACACACGUCCGACCACGAGGAGUACCACGACGAGUCACCCGACGAGGAGCUGCCCUUCUCGUAAGGGCGGCGUAUUACCUCGUGGACGUAUCCCUGCUGACACGCUCGAGCCUUAUAAACGACCUCUCUGCGCGA